AUGGCUGUAAAAGAUGAUUAUCAAGAUUUUAAAAAUGCUCUAAAUGAUUUAAAAAUAAAUAGUAAACCAUUAAUCAAUUUUUUAACAAUACUUGCAGAAGAAAAAAUACAUAACGCACCGCAGAUCGUACGUGCUAUUGAAGAACGUAUACUUGAAACAAAAGGCGAUUAUGUUCUGCCUGUACUAUAUGUACUUGAUUCCAUAGUAAAAAAUUUACGUUCAACAACUUAUAUACAAUUGUUUGAAAAUAAAUUACCUGUUAUUUUUGCAAGUGCUUUCAAUAAGGUUGAUGAACGAACACGUUUAGCAAUGUUUAAACUUCGUCAAACAUGGCCACAAUAUUUUAGUGGUGGAACACUGCAUAAUCUCGAUACUAGGACACAUUAUAUUGAUCCAGCUUGGCCAAUAACAGCUCGGGUACCUGAUCCAUCUCCGUCUACACCUACUAUUCAUAUCAAUCCAGAUUUCAUUCAACGAAAUAAACCAACGGCACCAUUACCUGCCCAUCAACCAAGACCACCGGCAAAACAAGAAGACAAUGAUCGAGCUGUAAAAAAUUCUGAUACAUCAUCGAGAGAUGAUGCAUAUCAUAUGAUACCAAUCGAUCGAAAAGAACCAAAUAGGCAAGAAAUAGAACAAAUGAUCAUUAAAGACAAUGAUGAUGAGCAACAACAACAACAAUCAAACAGAAAAAAAGAAAACGAAGGAAAAUUUACUGCUAAUAAUAAUAAUCAUGAGGCUUCACCGGAAGAAGUAUCGAAUAAUAAAUUAUCUGCCGAGAAAACUGCUCCGGUUAUGAAUCAUACUGCUCAAAAUAAUGAUGAUGUGUUAUUUGGUGGUGCUGAUAUAGAUUAUCGUGAUACAGAUGUAAAUACACAACCAAAAGUAACAACAACAAGUCUUGAUACAGAUCGUUUGUUUGAAUUAAAUUCAAAAUGUUUGUCAUUGGCUGAGCAAAAGUUUAAAUCAAAAGAACUUUCUUCAGAAGAAUAUCAAGCAACACUUAAAUUACUUCAAAAUAUACUUCAAAAUGAAGUUCAAAGACUUACUGUGCCAUCAACUACAACUCCAUCAUUAAUCAAUAAUAGCACUCAUUCAGUCGUAACGUCUCUAGCCAAUACAAUGCCAUCGAUUACAUCGGCAGCAUCGAAUAAUCCAUUUCAACCAUCUACUCUUCAGUUUUCGCAGCAGCCAACACCUCUUCAAUUUCCUCAACAACAUCCGUCAACAGCAACAACCUUAUCGCUAUCAGCAUUUCCAUUUGCUGGCUAUGGCAAUGAUACUCAACGUCAUGCAAUGCAAAUUUUAGCUGCUGUUGGUGCUCUAUCGUCCUAUGCACCAAAUAAUCCUCUUUUACCUUAUAUUCCACCAUUACCUCCAGCUCCACCUCCAUUUAAUCUUGUUCCGAAUAAUUUUCCAUCUCAAGUCCCAUCGUCAACAGCGGGUCGUCUUAGUCCUUCAAUAAAACGUCCACAUGAUGAAAAUAGUAAUAAUCAUUCUCAUUCUGAUGAAAAAAGUAAACGACCAUGUUAUGAUGCAUCAACAAAUCAUACAAUACGCUCACAUAAUUUCGAUGAUGAAAGCAUUGCAUUAGUGCCAUCACUUAUUGAUGCUAAUAUUAAUACAUUAAAAAAGAAAUAUAGUGGUGUUAUUCAACAAUUAUAUUUUGGUAAAUAUCAAUGUCGUUUAUGUGGACUUCGUUUUACAGCUAAACAAAAACAUUUAUAUACACAUCAUCUUGAUUGGCACUAUUGGGAAAAUCGACAAGCGUCAACCCCAGCUGCACUAUUAGACCGAUGUAGAGAUUGGUAUCCAUCUUUACAAGAAUGGACUGUCUAUGAAGAAAAUAUCGAUGAACAAAUACGAAAUAGUCAAUUGAAAUUAACACAAAAUCGUCAGCCUAAAGAUACAAACAAUAGAGCAUCAGUAUCAUCGUUAGAAUUUGUUUCUUGUCCAGCGCAAGCCAGUGGUGAUACCAAUGAUGACCGUUGUUAUGUUUGUCAUGAUCCAUUUGAAAACUUCUUUGACGACAAUCGAGAAGAAUGGUGUUUAAAAGAUGCUAUGAGAGUUGAUGGGAAAACUUAUCAUCCGAUUUGUUAUCAAGAUGUUCAAUAUCAGGAAACACAUGAGAACCGAUUAGUAUCAUCUAUUAAUGAUCGCUUUCCAUUAAAUGAACACAUUACAGAUGAAACUAGUAAUAACUCGACAGAUUCUCAAGUUUUUGACAAUGCAAUGGCUACUGUUGCUAUUAAAUCAGAAAAUGACAACAAAAUUAUUAAAGAUUUAUUAUCAUCAUUAUCAUCUGAAGACGAAGAAGAAGAAGAUUCAACGAAACCGAAAUAUCUUUCAUCGAUGUCAUUUGUUAGUCUUGUUGACACGAUAUUUGUUAAAAAAGAAGAUCUUAAACCAAUAGAAAAUAUUGAACCAGUAACAAUUAAUGUUAAAGAAGAACCAUUAGAUACAACAACAAUGUCGGAAGAAAUCCCAUUUCUAUCAAUAACUUGA